GCAAAUUGAAACGACCUACUAGCAUCGAUAAAGAAGUACUAUUGUGCGAUUGGUAAUAUCGAUGGCACAGGCAUAUUGUAGCCAGCCACCUUUAACCGCGGAGGUUCUUGCUAUUGCGCUAUGUAACGGCACCAUUGAUUCUUCCUUAUCGACAACCAAAGUCUAUUGCCGGACUGGCGCGUGAAAUUUACAAAGGCACGAAUCCCGUACAUACAUAGAUGCUUUUCGAUAAUUUGCAUUUCAAAUCGAAACUAGAAGGAACUAAUUGCGAAAGUUCGGUGCGCUGAUCACAAUUUAAUCCUCGGGUAAUACCUCGUUCUGACCUCAAUGGAAUAACUAACCUCACUCUUUGAACAAGGAUGUUCUGCCAGAGAGAAGACUCUUCGAUAAUAUCUUGUUUCUCUGUAUGACAGUGUAUAAAUUAUACCGUGACUGACAUAAAUUAAAAUUUAUUCGAAUAAAUGAGCGCAUCCACCAGACUGCUGACAACUGUCUCCGUAGCAAGUGUGGUUUGUCGAAACGUCCACGUUGCAAUAUUUUCACAGGAGAUUCUUCAUAUGUCGGAAGUACCAUUGAAGCAUUUAUUUAUCAGAAACAUUCGAAAAAGUACAUUCGUUCCAGAAGCUCUGUUCUCCACAUAUUUAAACCUACUGGAGUCCAUAUCAAGCCCAGCAACUCAUCAAGAAUUUAAUAAAACAAUAAUGGAACCUUAUCUUGAGUCAUGUUACGUAUUAAAUGACACUUCGCCCAUACAUGAAGUACCAGUUAAUAUAGGUGAUGAUAUUGUAUUGAGUGAUGGCGAAGAUACUAGCAGAUCUGACAGUAUGGAUGUUGAUAUAAUGAAAGAAUGUGGAGGAUCAUUAGAUAUUAAAUGCCCAAUGUCCAAACAGGACUAUAAAGCUUUGCGCAAGUGGAAAAGAUUUGGAAAAGAGAAGUUGGCAAUAAAUUCCAAUGAUACCUUCGUACUAAGGUUACUGUCAUUCAACAUCUUGGCACAGAAUCUCUUAGAAACACAUUCAUAUCUGUAUAAAGCUCACGACAAAAGAGCACUUUCGUGGGAGAGUCGGAAGUCGCUAUUGUUUCAAGAAAUACUCCAAGCAGAUGCCAACGUGAUAUGCCUUCAAGAAGUGCAAAAUGACCACCUAGGCGAAAUAGUAAAACCAUUUAGGGAUCUUGGAUACGCAUAUCUCUAUAAAAAGCGAACAAACGACAAAGAGGAUGGCCUCCUCCUUCUUUAUCGUUCAGAUCAAUUCAAUCUGGUGGAUCACGCAAAAGUGGAAUUAUAUCAAUCCGGUAUAGAAUUAUUAAGUAGAGACAACGUAGGCUUGAUUGCCAAACUAUCCCUGAAGGAUAGUCCUGACACUCAAAUUGUAAUAGCAACAACUCAUCUACUUUAUAAUCCAAGAAGAAAUGACGUACGAUUGGGCCAAAUACAGAUGUUAUUCGCAGAAUUGGAAAGAAUUGCUUUCAUUGAAAAUACACCGACGGGAGCUAGGUACCAUCCUAUCAUUUUGGCAGGUGAUUUUAAUCUCGAGCCUUACACCGGAGUUUAUAAAUUCAUAACUGAAGGUACCUUCGAGUAUGUUGGCAAAGCAAGAAAUUUAGAACCAGCGGAAUAUCGUUUAUUUUGUCGUUUAUCAAACAUGCUUAUUCCACCUCGACUAUACGUGACGGAUAGUUGCCAACAUUAUAAUAUUCUGAAAAAAAGAUUACGUGGUGAAGGCGACGGCAGAGUAAUGCUCGAAAAUAGCGAAACGAAGGAGUUACACGACGAGAGCAACUCUACCAAUGACCCAGCUUCCAUUUACAAGAAAUCAGAAGUUGACGUUAAAACAAGCAAAUGUCAGAAGAUAGAAUUAAUUGACGGAAACUAUGCCAGUUUUUCGUCAGGACGCUUAGUGCAUCCUUUUAAAUUCAAAAACGUAUAUCAGCAUGCGGAUCGAUACGGUAAUCCGGAAGCGACGACUAAUCAAGGCAAAUGGAUUACCGUCGAUUAUAUAUUUUAUACUGAAAUUCAACCUUUUGAAAAGUAUACAUUGCCCACCGUCGAGCAAUGUAAUUUGUUUCCGACCAUACCAAAUUUCACGGUAGGUAGUGAUCAUCUUUGUCUAGGUGCAAGUUUUAAGUUGCAAAAGAAGAAACAUUGAGCUAUAUAUACGCGUAGACUGGUUGCUUACAACUGUUGUAUCAUGUAAAUAGGAAAGUACCUAUAUUUUUAAUAAAUCACAUCGCAGUUAUUUAAAAUCAUAAAGUCAA